GACUGGAAGCAGCCACCUCAGCGAAGCUGCAGGAUUUCCGCAGGGCGGGAGUUGGUUAUCUCCCGGAAGAAAACUGCUCCUGUCAGCGAAGUCUCCUGAUUGCUCUGGGAGCUUUGCUUAGCCACUUCAAACUACAGAAGAAAGAAGCAUCUAGCGAAAUAUGGCUACAGAGAGCCCAGCUACGCGUCGGGUCCAGGUGGCAGAACAUCCCAGAUUACUAAAGCUAAAGGAGAUGUUUAACUCCAAGUUUGGAUCUAUUCCCAAGUUUUAUGUUCGAGCACCAGGAAGAGUCAACCUAAUAGGAGAGCAUGUAGAUUACUGUGGAUAUUCUGUUCUUCCUAUGGCUGUAGAACAAGAUUUGCUAAUAGCUGUAGAACCUGUGAAAACAUGCACUCUCCAACUGGCCAAUACAAAUCCGUUGUAUCCAGACUUCAGUACUAGUGCUACUACCAUUCAGAUUGAUAAAACCAAGCCUUUGUGGCACAACUAUUUCUUAUGUGGACUUAAAGGAAUUCAGGAACACUUUGGUCUUAGUAACCUGACUGGAAUGAACUGCCUGGUAGAUGGAAAUAUCCCACCAAGUUCUGGUCUCUCCAGCUCCAGUGCUCUGGUCUGUUGUGCUGGCUUGGUGACGCUCACAGUGCUGGGAAUGAAUCUAUCCAAGGUGGAACUUGCAGAAAUCUGUGCCAAGAGCGAGCGUUACAUUGGCACUGAAGGAGGAGGCAUGGACCAGUCUAUAUCAUUUCUUGCAGAAGAAGGAACUGCCAAGUUGAUAGAAUUUAGUCCUCUGAGGGCAACUAAUGUGAAUCUCCCAAGUGGAGCAGUGUUUGUGAUUGCCAACAGUUGUGUGGAGAUGAAUAAGGCAGCAACUUCCCAUUUCAAUAUCAGGGUGAUGGAGUGUCGGCUGGCUGCAAAGCUCCUGGCCAAAUACAAAAGCUUGCAAUGGGACAAAGUACUGCAGUUGGAGGAGGUGCAGGCUAAACUAGGGAUUAGUCUAGAAGAAAUGCUGUUGGUCACAGAGGAUGCCCUUCAUCCUGAACCCUAUAGCCCCGAGGAGAUCUGCAGGUGUCUGGGAAUUACCCUGGAGGAACUCCGAACCCAAAUCCUGAGUCCAAACACUCACGAUGUGCUCAUCUUCAAACUCUAUCAGCGGGCAAAGCAUGUGUACAGCGAGGCUGCACGAGUCCUCCAGUUUAAGAAGAUAUGUGAAGAAGCACCUGAAAACACGGUCCAGCUGCUAGGAGAGCUGAUGAACCAGAGCCACAUGAGCUGCCGGGACAUGUAUGAGUGCAGCUGCCCUGAGCUGGACCAGCUGGUAGACAUCUGUCGGAAGUUUGGGGCUGAAGGGUCACGACUUACUGGAGCAGGAUGGGGAGGCUGCACAGUGUCAAUAGUAGCUGUGGACAACCUGACCAGCUUCCUAGCAAAUGUGCACAAAGCUUAUUACCAGAGGAUUGACGGAAGCUUAGCACCGGAGAAACACAGUUUAUUUGCUACCAAACCUGGAGGCGGGGCUUUGGUUUUCCUUGAGGCCUGAAAAAUGUAAAAAAUCUCAGAGAAACUAUUUAGGGCACUUAAGAAUUGGCAGGACUUUCUAUGCCACAGUAAAUUAAUCUUCUUUCUGUUUUCUAUUAUGAUGAAUGGUUGCUAUUAUCAAGAUGUAUUUCCAAAGAAAUGGCUGAAAGCUCUCUAUGCUUCAUAAUGGUUAUUUUUCCAUCUUAAAAUAUGGUUUUACUAUUAAGAGCCAAGAUCAUGCUUGGACAGAUCUUUUAAGAAUAUACUGAGAUUUACUGAUUUGAAGAUUUUUAAAGAUGAAUGGUAAAACACACAAUAUUGAUUUCAUGGAUUGGACUUGAAUUAAAUACGUUGCUACAAUUAAACUGAUACCAUUGAAUUGUA